AGGUAACUUACAUACAUACAUACCUGUCUACCAGCUAAGUAGGUGGGUACCUAUAUAUAUGUAGGUUAGUUGGCCAGAGUCGCCAGACACAUUAAUUGACCUGCGACACCUGAACCUGAACCUCAACUUGAACUUCUUGAUCAACUCAUCCACCAAUCCCUCUACUCCAGCUUUCUAAUCCGUUUUCACCCAUACGGAAUGCCAUGAAUCCUGGAACGCCGAGAGUAGGUGCUGGCGGUUUCCCGCAAACGCCAGCCGCUAGAGCUCAAAAUCAGCGUCAAGCACAAGAUGCCAGACCUCGAAAUCCUCUACCAGCAGCUCCCGAGAACCAACCUGGUACCAACUCAGCCAGCGCACCCGUCAUACCUCUUACACUUAUCGACGCUCCCACUCAACGUUUCUACGCCUGCGCUUUCUAUGUAGCCUUGUUGGGAUGGCGCUUUUAUGACUGGAUACAGAUGCUGGAGGACAAUGGCGGCUCCUUCUACUUCUUUUGUAAAUGGAUCCUUUUCGACCUUGUCUUCUUCUUCUCUCUGCCCUCCUUACGCAUACCAUGGCUGGAGCUUUCUGCGCCGACUGUAUCCACCAUUUAUUUCGCCCACUUGAUCUUCAACUGGCUCCUCAUGUUCAAUAUUCCCGUGCCUUGGCACUCGUGGCUUCUGGGUCUCGCCAAAGUCUUCUACGACAAGGAGCUCGCUAUAUCUGAACAUAAUGUCAAGGUCUCUAGCAUCUUGCAUAAUUCGUCUCUCAUCAUGGGCAAGCAGAUUAUUAAUAUUCUGCCCGAAGGCUCCGCCCUCCUAAAUCCCGAAAAGCACCCUUACUGCCUUGGCCAAGGACAGACUAUAGCGAGCGUCCCAAUCUACUUCAAUGCCACCGUCCCUAUCGAGGUUGAACUCUUACGCUUUGACUUGGACACUGAUUCUCAGGAGGUUGUGAAGCUCGGCCGGAGAGAUAUAAGGGAAAUUGGCAAGCAAUCUGCACGAUCUGUCGAAGAUGGGUCCCUAGGUAUCUAUCGAUACGAUGUGUCCUUGAAGAAGCCAGGCGUUUAUCAACUACACAAAGUACUCGACGAGUACAAGCUUGAGGUUCAAAGGAUCACGGAGCCUACUUAUAUUGUUCCUUGCCCUAGAGCUCUGGUUCGCGCAGCACAAUCGGCGACCAAAUGUAUAGGCGAUCUUUCUAAUUUAUCUCUGGACGUAUAUGGGACACCGCCAAUGAAGAUCGUCUAUAGCCGGACCAUUAACGGCAAAGAUCAUAGCUUCCAUUUCCAGAGCCUGCAGCCCGAUGGUUUCUCCUCUCCCCUGCUUGGCACCCAACGAUCUAUGAUUGCUCCCCCAGGAGAGGAAGACUACAGUUGGGCUCGAUCCCAAAAAGUGGAGGUGGGCCUAAACGAAUCCAUGAAUGCCGCCGGUGAGUGGCAAUACUCCAUCGACGAAGUUCAUGAUGUCUUUGGCAAUGUGAUUCAGUACCCCCAGCCUGAAGAGCCCGAUGCGAAGCCCAAACCCAAAAACCUGUAUCAAAACUUCGUCGUGAGAGAACGUCCUAGAGCUGCCAUAGUGGGGUGUGAUUCUCGCAACCCUCUCAAGGUUGCCAAGGGGAAGUCGACGAAACUUCCCGUUAAGAUCGGGCGUCCAGGUCGAACCCCAGAGAGCGUCUCGCAUACACUAACUUGGCAUUUCUCUCCGAUCGAUACUCUCACCAAAAGUGGUGACCAUGGCGAUGUUGUCGAGGUUGGCACCUUCACCGCCAAGAAUGUAGACGACCAACCUACCAUCACUGCGCCAGGCCUAUACACCCUCAAAUCCGUGUCAUGUGACUCCUGCGAGGGAGAGAUCGAGGAACCUUCCUCUUGUCUGCUGCUGAAUCCUCUUGAGCCGACUUUGACCUUCCAGGCCGAGGAGAUCCCAGAUAAGUGCGCUGGCAAUUCUAUCGGACUUCGGGUGAACUUGGACAUGAUCGGAACACCUCCUUUCAGAAUCCUCUAUACUGUUAGUAGCGAUACUGAGACGAACAGGAGGGAGACAGUGGAAGUCAAAGGCCUUCGUCAACAAAUUGACUUGUUGCCAAGGAAUGCUGGGUUCUACCAAUACCAAUUUAGGAUACUCGAAGACGCUAUUUAUAGGGUUGCCCUACCAUUGAACGAGGAUUACUACCUAGAGCAGAAGGUGAAGCCCCCCGCGACAGCGUACUUCAAGCAGGGACCUCGCACAAUCAAUGCUUGUCUAGAUCAGCCAAUUGUACUGGACGUGAAUCUUCUCGGAGAUGGUCCUUUUACGUUGGAAUGGGAAUUGGUUCACGAAGGAAAGCGGAAGGCUGAGAAGGCGACCAACAUCACCACCGAUACUCACACUAUUGUAACACCCCCGUUGUCUACUGGUGGCGAGUACAUUCUAGCUCUGAAGAGUAUUCAAGACAAGACUGGAUGUCGUAUAUUCCUAAAGGAAGAAACAAAGAUCUCAGUACGACGACAACGACCCAAGGCUGCUUUCGGUCUCAUCGAGGGUAAGAGGACAGCAACCGUUGUCGAGGCCGCUCGAGUUAGCCUUCCCCUGAAACUUUCUGGUGAUGGGCCAUGGAGAGUGGGAUACCGCAACUUGAAUAUAAGCUCCGAUAGAUAUGUUCGUGUCGCUCGUUCGACCAACGACUUCAUCGAGGCAAGAGAGCGGGGAACCUACGAGAUCUUGGACGUGACGGAUGAUCAGUGCCCUGGUACAGUUCACGCGCAAGCUAGUACUUUCGAAGUCAAGUGGUACCCUCGCCCAGAGCUAUCAUUCACGCAAAGCGACGCCAUUCGACCCGGAGACAAAGAGCACAAGUUUGUCAAGCAAGAUGUUUGCGAGGGUGACGUUGACGGAUUUGAAGUUGCCCUUAAAGGUUCACCUCCAUAUCACGUCGAAUACGAAGUGAAGCACAAGCCGAAGUCAGGUUCGGGCUCAGUAGCGCGAAAGGAGUUCGAUGCCGCCCUAGGCAAAGCAGCUAUUCCACUGGACACCUCCAAGGCUGGAUUGUUUACAUAUAGUUUCUCUAGUCUGUCAGACAAUCUCUACAACGACAAACGACGAUCUGAGCCUCUGACGCUUGAACAAACGGUUCACCCCAAACCAUCCGCUUCCUUUAUGAAACCUGGCCAGACGUUCAAAAUGUGCAUGUCAGAAGAAGACCAGAGGGAAUCGAUUCCUAUCAAGCUGGAGGGCAAAGCACCGUUUUAUAUCGAGGUGGAAAUCAAGCACCACACUGGGAACCUGCCGGAGGUGUUCAGAAUCCCCAACAUCCAGUCCAACACUUUUGGCAUACAGAUCCCGAGACAGUAUCUCAAGCUCGGUGGCCAACAGAUCCGGAUUCGCAAAGUACGUGACGAUCGUGGCUGCCAGCUGAAGACCGAGAGUGGUGGUGGUGUGGUUCAUAUUCAGCUCUAUGAGGCUCCCUCCAUCUACCCUCUCGAGCAGCGGACGGAUUACUGUGUCGGUGAACGGAUCGCGUACACUCUGUCGGGCACACCGCCUUUUGAAGUACAUUAUGACUUUGCCGGGAAACAAAUGAAGGCCAAAUCUCAAACCACUAGCUUCCGCCGUAUCGCCGAGUCCGCUGGUGACUUUACCAUCAACAGCAUCAGUGACAAGGCGAGUGAAUGUCGCGCCGCCGUCAACCUAGCCAAGACGAUCCACCCGAUGCCGAGUGUUCGGAUCAGCAAGGGGCGUAUCAUCCAAGUCGACAUUCACGAAGGCAGCGAAGUGGAGAUCCUAUUCGAGUUUUGGGGUACGCCGCCCUUUGAGUUCACCUACACGCGUAGCACCAACGCUCGCAAGGGGCAACGGAGCCAAAUACUAGAGACUCGUCACGAUAUCAGUUACGAGCACAGCAAGGUGAUUACGGCAAGCUUAGAAGGUACAUAUGAGGUGGUGGCCAUCAAGGAUCAACACUGUGCCUUUUCGACAUUGGAUUCCGCGAAUAAAGACAAUGGGCAAAAGUCGAUCAAGUAUUGAUAGGAUAGGAACUUAGCUAUCUACCUACUAAGUAGGCAAGGGGGCGGUGAAUGGAGGAGUGAUGGGGUGACAAGAGGCAAAGAUUUGGACAUGGGCACAUGCGCGCGGAACGGAAGGGACUGCGAGGCGCGGGUGAUGAUGCAUGUCAUGUCAUGUUUGCGGAGUAAUGUGUGUAAAAAUGGCCGAGGGAGACGUCGGGCAUUGCAUGAGCAUCGGCGUUUCGGUAGGGUAAGGUAGGGUAGGCAGAUAAUUCAGUCUUGGUGGAGGAUUGCUACGGCAAUUCAAUGCGAAAUCUUUGUUCUGUUUUAAAUACGAGUCUACUACCAGCUUGCUUCGUGAUCGGAUAGG